CUUGGCCCGGAGACUCAGAGUCGCCCUGGAGAAUUGCAAAGCGGCGGCCCUGCGCUGUCUUCUUCCAUAUUCUCACGCACCAUCCCGACUCUUGGUUCUCCAUGGAAGACUCGGCUUCCACGCAGCAAGAAAAAGAAAACCAAGUCCCGGCGGAGGCAGGACAGCCAUGGGGAGGCAAGACAGCAGCUUCUUCCCAGUCUUCUGUGCCUGAGUCGUCUGAGCCCGUGGAGGCGAAGCAGGGGCCAGACACGCGUCCCCAGCCUAGAAGCAGUUCUCCUUAUAGCUCCGCAGCUGACCCCACGGGGCCAGGAGCAUCACCUUCCCCUCGCCCUCCACAGGAGCCCUCGCCCGCUGCUUCUCCCCUAGCUGUGGCCAGACAGGAUCUCGUGAUCCCUCCUCCGUCAGACAGGACGCCUGGUGUGAUUCCUGAUGCUAGACCGCCUCCUUCGGAUGCUUCGGAACAAUCUUCUGAUCAAAGAGAAUCAACUCCUCACCACACAAACCAAGCAGAGGGAGAUGCUUUUCAACAGUCGCAGCAACCCAAACCUUGCCUGUAUGGACCUAGGGACGUGAGCCGUCAAAACUCUAAACACAAGGAGCUGAGAUUUGACAUUUUUCAGAAGGAAAACUCAAGCAGUGACUCUGAUUCAGACCAGCCUGCAACCAGGGCCUUGGAAACCUCACCCAGCGAGCUUGAGACCGCCAUCCAGAAUGCUAAGGCCUACCUGCUGAAGACCAGUAGCAAGUCGGGCCUAAACCUAUAUGAUCAUCUUUCUAAUAUGUUGACCAAGAUAUUAGAUGAGCGUCCUGAAAAUGCUGUCGAUAUCAUUGAAAAUAUUAGCCAAGAUGUGAAGAUGGCACAUUUUAGUAAAAAAUUAGAUACACUCCAAAAUGAGAAUGAAAUGCUUCCAACUUAUGAAAUAGCAGAGACGCAAAAGGCUCUUUUUCUCCAGGGACAUUUGGAAGGAGUUGACCAAGAACUGGAAGAUGAAAUAGCCGAAAACUCUCUUCCAAAUGUAAUGGAGUCAGCUUUUUAUUUUGAACAAGCUGGAGUUGGUUUGGGCACAGAUGAGACUUUCCGCAUAUUGCUUGCCCUCAAGCAGCUUACUGACACCCACCCAGUCCAAAGAUGCCGCUUCUGGGGCAAGAUCUUGGGUCUGGAAAGGAACUAUAUUGUAGCUGAAGUGGAGUUUCGUGAGGGGGAAGAUGAAGAGGAAGUGGAAGAGGAAGAUGUAGCUGAAGAGAGGGGCGAGAGAGACAGUGAAGCUGAUGGUGACCAGGAGGAUGAAUUGCCAAAAUCCUUUCACAAAGCCCCACAGCCUGUCCCAAAAGAAGAGAGUGGAACAGGUGCCAACAAAUAUGUCUAUUUUGUUUGCAAUGAACCUGGAAGACCAUGGUUGAAGCUACCCUCGGUUACACCUGCACAAAUUGUUAUUGCAAGAAAAAUCAAGAAAUUUUUCACUGGGCAAUUGGACGCUCCCAUCAUCAGCUAUCCACCUUUCCCAGGAAACGAGAGCAAUUAUUUACGAGCACAAAUUGCCCGGAUUUCAGCAGGAACCCACAUUAGUCCUCUAGGAUUCUAUCAGUUUGGUGAAGAGGAAGGGGAAGAGGAGGAAGAGGUGGAGGGUGGACGAGGUGGCUUUGAGGAAAACCCUGAUUUUGAAGGCCUCCAUGUGACUGAUCUGGUGGAAUCCCUCUCCAAUUGGGUUCAUCACUCUCAGCAUAUUCUCUCUCAGGGUCGCUGUCAUUGGUUCAACCCCAUACCAAAAAAUGAGGAAGAAGAAGAGGAAGAAGAUGAACAAAAAGAAGAAGAAAAAGUAGAAGAGCCUGACUACAUAGAACAGGAAGUGGGACCUCCUCUCCUGACACCAAUCUCUGAAGAUUUAGAAAUUGAGAAUAUGCCCCCUUGGACACCACGGCUGGCCUCCAAUCUUAUUCCACAGUAUGCGAUAGCAGUCCUUCGAUCCAACCUUUGGCCUGGAGCAUAUGCCUUUUCAAAUGGCAAAAAGUUUGAAAAUCUCUACAUAGGCUGGGGUCAUAAGUAUAGUCCAGACAAUUAUACACCCCCAGUUCCACCACCAGUUUACCAAGAAUAUCCCAGCAGACCAGAAAUCACAGAAAUGGAUGACCCCAGUGUGGAAGAGGAGCAGGCUUUCAGGGCUGCACAAGAAGCAGUUCUACUUGCAGCUGAGAAUGAAGAAACUGAGGAAGAUGAAGAUGAGGAAGAUGAUUAUGAAGAAUAAGCACAGAAUUAGCUGUUUUAUGUGGCAUGAUACACACGUACCCUUUAUGUGGGACUGAUUUUAUGUGUAUAUAUAGAUAUACAUACACAUCUGCUAAUACAAGAAAUUGUUCAUCUGUAAAAUGUCAUUAUUGAAAAUAUCAAACUUACAAUUUCACAUUCUAUUAAAUGUGUAUAGAAAGAUGUCUAAUAGAGGCUAAAGUGACAUUGUCAAGUCACUUUCUGAUGGUUGUGGAUAAUGAAAUAUAUAUUUGUGUAUUCUUGUUUUA